UUAUCAUCAAAAUUCAGGGUUAGGAAGUUUGAAAAAACUCUCACCCCUUCCUUUGUCUCUCUUAGUUUCUCUCCCUAGUUAGGAAACUCAAGGAUAUCUUGAAGAAUGGAGUAUGACAGAGAGGUUUUCAUUGUUAACCUUCAAAGGCAUUACAAGGAGAGUGAUGCAAAGAAGAAAGGAAUGGAGGAGAGAAAAUGGAGCAACGACGAGAACGAUGAUAUAAACAAACAGGCUGGUGCUUUCAUCAUGAACUUCCGCAAUCACCUCAAGAUUCAGAGGGAGGAGUCAGUCAAGUACUAUCAGUAGAUGAGUGCUCAAGCGGCUAAACUGUUAAGAGAUAUGUGUUAUCAUAUCAACAAAUAACGGGUUCGUAACAGAAGUCAGUUGUGCAGUUUAACUGGAAGUACUUGAGAGUAGUAAUGAAUAAAAGUUGUUUUCCUGU